UUGGGGCAGCGGCAUGGCGGGGACCGUAGUGCUGGACGACGCGGAGCUGCGGGAGGCGCAGAGAGACUACUUGGACUUCCUGGAUGAUGGGGAAGACCAAGGGAUUUACCAGAACAAAGUUCUGGAGCUGAUCAGUGACAACCAGUAUCGGCUGAUUGUCAAUGUGAAUGACCUGCGCAGGAAAAAUGAAAAGAGGGCAAACCGCCUCCUGAACAAUGCUUUUGAGGAGCUGGUUGCCUUCCAACGGGCCUUGAAGGACUUUGUGGCCUCCAUUGAUGCUACCUAUGCCAAGCAGUAUGAUGAGUUCUACAUCGGAUUGGAAGGCAGCUUUGGCUCAAAGCACGUCUCUCCCCGGACUCUCACGUCCUGCUUCCUCAGCUGUGUGGUCUGUGUGGAAGGCAUUGUUACUAAAUGCUCUCUGGUCCGUCCCAAAGUCGUUCGCAGUGUUCACUACUGUCCUGCUACUAAGAAGACCAUAGAGCGACGCUACUCUGAUCUCACGACCCUGGUGGCUUUCCCAUCCAGUUCCGUUUACCCCACAAAGGAUGAAGAGAACAACCCCUUGGAGACAGAGUAUGGCCUGUCUGUCUACAAGGACCACCAGACCAUUACCAUCCAGGAGAUGCCAGAGAAGGCCCCUGCUGGUCAGCUUCCUCGCUCUGUGGACGUCAUUCUGGAUGACGACCUGGUGGAUAAAGUGAAGCCUGGCGACAGAAUUCAGGUGGUGGGGACCUACCGCUGCCUUCCGGGGAAGAAGGGCGGCUACACCUCAGGGACCUUCAGGACUGUCCUGAUCGCCUGUAACGUGAAACAGAUGAGCAAGGACAUUCAGCCUGCAUUCUCUGCUGACGACAUAGCCAAGAUCAAGAAGUUCAGCAAAACGCGCUCCAAGGAUGUGUUUGAGCAGUUGGCCCGCUCAUUGGCCCCUAGCAUUCAUGGGCAUGACUAUGUCAAGAAGGCAAUCCUCUGCCUGCUCUUGGGAGGGGUGGAAAGGGAACUUGAAAAUGGCAGCCAUAUCCGUGGAGACAUCAAUAUUCUUCUAAUAGGUGACCCGUCUGUGGCCAAGUCCCAGCUUUUGCGGUAUGUGCUUUGCACUGCGCCCAGGGCCAUUCCCACCACCGGCCGGGGCUCAUCUGGAGUGGGUCUCACAGCUGCUGUCACUACAGACCAGGAAACAGGGGAGCGCCGCCUGGAAGCUGGUGCCAUGGUCCUGGCUGACCGAGGAGUGGUUUGCAUUGAUGAGUUUGACAAGAUGUCUGACAUGGAUCGUACAGCCAUCCACGAAGUGAUGGAGCAGGGUCGAGUGACUAUUGCAAAGGCUGGCAUCCAUGCUCGGCUGAACGCCCGCUGCAGUGUUUUGGCAGCUGCCAAUCCAGUCUAUGGCAGGUACGAUCAGUAUAAGACUCCUAUGGAGAACAUUGGGCUGCAGGACUCCCUGCUGUCACGAUUUGACCUGCUCUUCAUCAUGCUGGAUCAGAUGGAUCCUGAACAGGAUCGGGAGAUCUCUGACCACGUCCUUAGGAUGCAUCAGUACAGAGCCCCCGGGGAGCAGGACGGUGACGCUCUGCCACUGGGUAGCUCGGUGGAUAUCCUGGCCACAGAUGACCCCGACUUUACCCCGGACGACCAGCAGGAUACCCGGAUCUAUGAGAAGCACGACAACCUUCUUCAUGGGACCAAGAAGAAGAAAGAGAAGAUGGUGAGCGCAGCUUUUAUGAAGAAGUACAUCCAUGUGGCCAAAAUCAUAAAGCCCAUCCUGACACCAGAGUCAGCAGCCUACAUUGCGGAAGAAUACUCACGCCUGCGCAGUCAGGACAGCAUGAGCUCAGACACUGCCCGGACAUCUCCGGUUACAGCACGAACACUGGAGACUCUGAUUCGACUAGCCACUGCCCAUGCGAAGGCCCGCAUGAGCAAGACUGUGGACCUGCAGGAUGCAGAGGAAGCUGUGGAACUGGUUCAGUAUGCUUAUUUCAAGAAGGUCCUGGAGAAGGAGAAGAAACGAAAGAAGCCAAGUGAAGAUGAAUCAGACCUGGAAGAUGAAGAAGAGAAGAGCCAAGAAGACCCUGGACAGAGUCGGAAGAGGAGGAAGACUCAGGCCAAGGAUGGGGAGUCCUAUGACCCAUAUGACUUCAGUGAAGCAGAAAAGGAAAUGCCUCAAGUGCACACUCCGAAGACUGAUGACUCUCAAGAGAAGACUGACGAUUCUCAAGAGAAGACCGACGGCUCUCAGGAGACCCAGGAAUCCCAGAAAGUGGAGCUGAGUGAAUCUAGGUUGAAGGCUUUUAAGGCGGCCCUCUUGGAUGUGUUCCAAGAAGCUCAUGCACAGUCUGUGGGAAUGAACCACCUCAUAGAAUCCAUUAAUCGGGAUAAAGAAGAGCCUUUCACCCCAGAGGAGAUCCAGGCUUCACUGAGCAGGAUGCAGGAUGACAACCAGGUCAUGGUGUCUGAGGGCAUAGUUUUCCUUAUCUGAGCAGGGCUUGUCUGAAGUUGUUCCUGCCAAGUGCUACCCUGUCCCCUGCCUUUGUCUCCAUUCUCCAGUAACUUUCAGUGAUGGAAGCUGAUGAUGAGACUCCCAGGACUUGGUGGAACCUUUGAGAAUGGCUGCUGCUAUGGGCAAGAGCUGUAGGGGAGGGCCAGGACUCUUGACAGAAGGCCUGGCUCAGUCCCCUUCCAGUCCUAAACACAGGAAGUCCAUUUCAUGACUUGAGUUGUGUUUUGGGGCCCAGCUGUUUUCUGCAUUUGUUGCUUGUGUUUUUACCUCCAUUCCCCACUCCCAAGCACUUUAGUCUAAGAAAAGCUUUGAGGUCUGUUGGGCCAGAGUGCCUCAGGCAGAUCUCAAAGGUGGAUUGGAGAAAGCUUUCUUUGCAUUUAGACUAAUUAUAUAUUGUUGACCAAGACAUUGACAUUGAGUAAAUAGAACUAUUUUGUACCUGUGGACUUUA